AAGUUCUGUGACUGUCCACGACGCUCUUCUGCCUCAGUAAGAGUAGAGUUGUGUUCACGUUUGGUUGUGUGUCUCCUCUUUCGCUGAAAUAGGCCACACAACCUACGUUCAUUCGUGAAACUAACUCUUCUAGAAAAACCCCAAAAAAAAAGUAAAAAAGUCUCCGAAAAAACGCAUACAAAAAAAUCGCAAAACCGUAGGCGAAAACCGUCGUAACCCUGGCAGUGUGCGAGUGACGGGACGCGACGCGAGCACGAAGACAAGAGGACUCGGUGCGGAAAGUCGGAAAGAGGACGAGCCAUAUUGCGAGGAAGAAGAGGCGGCGGAAGAGGCGAAGCGGAGGGGGCGAGAAGCGAAAAAUCCUCGGCGCUCGCGAAGCCAAAGGAAAUUUGGAAUCGGGAAUCUCGGAAGGAGCGCGGCUCGAUCCAUCCAUAUUGGUAUAUCUCCUCUCUCUCUCUCUCUCUCUCUAUCUCUCCAUCCAUCCUCCUCUCUCUCUUUCCCUUUGGUGAGAGCUCGAAGAAGCAAGAUACUCCGCAGCCGCCAGCAUGAAUCCCGGAGCGCCCAACUACCCGAUGGCCUCGCUCUACGUGGGCGACCUGCACACCGACAUCACCGAGGCGAUGUUGUUUGAGAAGUUCUCGUCGGCGGGUCCCGUAUUGUCGAUACGCGUAUGCCGCGACAUGAUCACCCGUCGCUCGCUCGGCUACGCAUAUGUCAACUUCCAACAACCGGCUGACGCCGAACGCGCCCUCGAUACUAUGAAUUUUGACAUGAUAAAGGGGCGGCCUAUUCGAAUCAUGUGGUCCCAGCGUGAUCCUUCCCUACGCAAAUCGGGCGUCGGAAAUGUAUUCAUAAAGAAUCUAGACAAAAACAUAGACAAUAAAGCAAUGUAUGAUACAUUCUCCGCUUUCGGUAACAUAUUAAGCUGCAAGGUUGCGCAGGACGAGUCGGGCGCCUCUAAAGGAUACGGUUUCGUCCAUUUCGAGACCGAGGAGGCAGCCAAUAAGUCUAUUGACAAGGUUAACGGCAUGUUAUUGAACGGCAAGAAGGUGUACGUCGGUAAAUUUAUCCCACGCAAGGAACGCGAAAAGGAAUUGGGCGAGAAAGCCAAGCUAUUCACGAAUGUCUACGUGAAAAACUUUGGUGAAGAUAUGACGGACGACAAACUUAAAGAGAUGUUCGAGAAAUACGGGACCAUUACCAGUCAUAAAGUGAUGAGCAAGGACGACGGCAAGUCGCGCGGCUUUGGAUUCGUCGCUUUCGAGGACCCGGAUGCGGCCGAGCAGGCGGUGCUCGAGUUGAACGGCAAGGACAUCUCUGAAGGCAAGUGUAUGUACGUCGGCCGCGCCCAGAAGAAAGCGGAGCGCCAACAGGAGCUCAAGCGAAAGUUCGAACAGCUGAAGAUCGAACGACUGAAUCGUUACCAGGGUGUGAACCUUUACGUGAAGAAUCUGGACGAUACGAUCGACGACGAGCGUCUGCGCAAGGAAUUUACACCGUUUGGCACGAUCACAUCCGCGAAGGUAAUGAUGGAAGAGGGUCGUAGUAAGGGUUUCGGUUUCGUGUGUUUCUCGCAGCCUGAAGAGGCCACUAAGGCUGUCACGGAGAUGAAUGGAAGAAUCGUGGGCUCGAAGCCACUCUACGUCGCUCUGGCGCAGCGGAAGGAGGAUCGUAAAGCGCAUCUCGCCUCUCAAUACAUGCAACGCAUGGCGAACGUACGCAUGCAACAAAUGGGCCAGAUAUUCCAGCCGGGCAAUGCCGGCAGUUACUUUGUUCCCACGUUGCCGCAACCGCAACGCUUCUAUGGUCCCGCUCAGAUGGCUCAGAUCCGCGCCACUCCGCGCUGGCCAGCGCAACCGAAUCAAGUACGACCAAAUGCGCAGACCGGAAAUUCCGGAUUCGCAUCGAUGCAAUCUGCUCCCUUCCGAGCGGCGCCGCGUGCCCCCGCCGCACAGGCUGGCGCCUUGCGUAACAGCAUGUCCGCCAGACCUAUCACAGGUCAACAAGCAGUUGGUGGCGCCAACAUGCAAAGCCGUUCCAUGGCCGGGCCCGCUGUCGGGGUUUCGCCCGGUCAGAGUCGUCCGCCGAAUUACAAAUACACUGCGAACAUGCGUAACCCGCCGCAGACGGCUAUGGCGUUACCUGCACCGAGCGGCCCUUCGGUGCAGCAGGCCGUACAUAUUCAAGGCCAGGAGCCGCUUACAGCGUCGAUGUUAGCUGCGGCGCCACCUCAAGAGCAGAAGCAGAUGCUCGGCGAACGAUUGUUCCCGCUCAUUCAAUGCAUGUAUCCGUCAUUAACCGGCAAGAUCACCGGUAUGCUGUUGGAGAUCGAUAACAGCGAGCUGCUUCACAUGUUGGAGCACAACGAAUCCUUGAAAGCCAAGGUCGAGGAGGCCGUGGCCGUGUUACAGGCUCAUCAGGCCAAACAAGCUGUUGCACCGAAAAAGGAAUAAGAGACCGUGCUUUGUGAGAUCAGACUUUUUGUCGGGAAACAAUAUUCAAUUGUUUUAAAUAUAUAGUUAAAUUGAUAUAAAAUUACAUAUGAUAAUCUCUCUUUUUUUAUUUUUAUUUUUUCUGAAUUAGACGCGACUAAUUUGACAUAUUUGAAUGUAAAAUGCAUAUAAAAAAGACUUACACUAAUAAAUUUUUCUUUCAAAAUAUAUUUAUGUUUUUCUUUUCUUUUUUUUUACUCUGAUACGUUAAUUAACAACAGUUAUUUACAAAUCGCUGUCUAUUUUUGAAAGUAAAUUUAUUACGUAAAAAUAUUUAUAGAUAUAAGCAUAUUUAGAAUUUAAAUAUAAAAGUUUAAUCGCGUCUACUUCAAAAAAG